AUGUAUGUAAAAUCUAUGGUAUUAGAAGGUUUUAAAUCGUAUGGAAAAAGAAUCGAAAUAAAUGGUUUUGACAAAGAAUUCAAUGCGAUCACAGGAUUUAAUGGUAGCGGGAAAUCAAACAUUCUCGAUGCGAUAUGCUUUGUUUUGGGUAUUACGAACCUUGGACAGGUACGUGCAACAUCAUUACAAGAUUUAGUUUAUAAAUCUGGUCAAGCAGGUGUAAAGAAAGCUAGUGUUACUAUAACAUUUGAUAAUAGAGAUAGAAGUUCAUCUCCCAUGGGAUAUGAACAUCAUGAAGAAAUAAUAGUUACAAGACAAGUUGUAAUUGGUGGUAAAAAUAAAUAUUUAAUUAAUGGAUCCAAUGUACCAAAUAAACGUGUCCAAGAUAUGUUUUGUUCUGUUCAAUUAAAUGUAAAUAAUCCACAUUUUUUAAUAAUGCAAGGAAGAAUUACAAAAGUUUUAAAUAUGAAACCUAUGGAAAUUUUAUCUAUGAUAGAAGAAGCUGCUGGUACUCGAAUGUAUGAAAAUAAAAAAGAAGCUGCUUUGAAAACUAUAGAAAAAAAGGAUAGUAAACUAAAGGAGAUAAAUAAUAUUUUGAAAGAAGAGAUAGGUCCAAGAUUAACAAAGCUAAAAGAAGAAAAAAUACAAUAUGUUGAAUUUCAACGUGUAGAAAGAGAAUUAGAACACUGUAGAAGAAUUUGUCUAGCAUGGAAAUAUAUCACAGUCUUAAAUGAAAGUGAAGGUGCAGAAGAAAAUGUACAAAUUGUUAAAAAUAAAAUAGAAGAGAAAACAAAAAACAUUACUAUUGGUGAAGAAGAACUUAAAAAUAUAGAGCAAGAACUUGAUGAAAUAGCUAGGAAAAGGGAUACAGAAACAGGAGAUCAAUUAGAAUCCAUGGAGAAAGAAUUAAAAGAAGUAGAAAAGAAGCAAUUUAAGUUGACAGCUGAAGUUAAUAGCAAUAAAGAAAGUAUUAAAGCUGCUAAAAAAGCAGUUGAGCAAUUAAUGGCUAAUAUAACUGAUGAUGAAAAUGCUUUUACAUUAAAGCAAAAAGAAUUUGCUAAAGUUGAAGAUCUUUUUAAGACAUUAAAAGAAAGAGAUGAACAGGAUCAUAAAGCAGUAUUACUUGCACAAGAAAAGUAUCAAAAAAUUAGUUCUGGUUUACUAGAAAAUCAAGAUGGUGAAAAUGCCACAUUGGAGCAACAACUAAUAAAUGCUAAACAGAAUCUAGUAGAAGCACAAACACAGUGCAAACAGCAUGAAAUGACAUUAAAUCAUAAUAAAGAGCAACUGAAGAACAAAAAAGUAGAUUUGAAAAAUACUGGAGAUGAAUACAAAAAGUAUACUAAAGAUCUUGAAAAUAAAGAGAAAGAAGUAAAAAAUUUAGAAAAUGAAUUGAAGAAAUUAAAUUAUAAAGAUGGUUACAUAGAACAACUUAGAGAACAAAGACAUACAUUAAAGAAUGAAGUACUAACAUUAGAAGAAAAAGUAGAGCAGUUUGAAUUGAGGUACCCUCAAAUCAGAUUUGAAUAUAAGAAACCACAACCUAAUUUUAAUCACAACUCUGUGAAAGGUGUUGUAUGUAAACUAAUCACAGUAAAAGAUAAAAAAGCAGCAUAUGCUCUAGACAUUGCUGCAGGAGGAAAGUUAUAUAAUGUAAUAGUAGAUACAGAAACUACUAGUAAGAAAAUACUUCAGCAUGGUCAAUUACAAAAACGUGUAACCAUUAUUCCUCUGAAUAAAGUAAGUGGAAGACCCAUGGAUAAUCAAUUACUUCAUUUGGCACAAAGAGUAGGUGGUACGGAAAAUGUUCGACCUGCUUUAUCUCUCAUAGAUUUUCCAGAGGAAACUAGAUCUGCUAUGACAUGGAUUUUUGGACAAAUCUUUAUUUGUAAAGAUAUUGAAAUUGCGAAAAAAAUAGCAUUUCAUGAAAACAUAAUGAAAAAAUGCGUCACUUUAGACGGAGAUGUCGUUGAUCCUGCUGGCAUAUUAUCUGGUGGUGCACCAUUAAAAACUGGAUCAAUUCUUUUAAAAUUAGACGAAUUAAAAGAUAUACAAAAUGAACUAAAUACCAAACAACAGAAUCUUCAAAACAUUGAGACUACAUUGACAAAUGUAAACAAUAUUGCUGAGAAGUAUGCAUCAUUAAAACAAACAUUUGAUUUACGGAAUUAUGAAAUCAAUGUGCUGAAACAAAGAUUAGAACAAACAGAAUAUUAUAGAAUAAAACAUGAGAUUGAUAUGUUGGAGAAAAGUAUUGAGGAGCUAUUAGGAUUAAUGGCAGUAGCAAAAAAGAAUGAAAAGGAAAGUACUGAACGUGCUCAAAAACUAGAACAUGAAUUAAAAGAUGCUGCUAAUAUUCGUGAGAAACAAUUAAAGGGAGCCAAAUCCGAGCUAGAAAAAUUAAAGAAAAAAGCCGAAAAUAGUCGUGAAGAAUGGCAAAAACGGGAACAAGAAGCAGAUAUACUUGAAUUGGAAAUAAAAGAAUUACAGAAAAGUAUUGAAGUUGGAAAAGAACAAUUAGUAGUAUCUGAAGAAAAGUUAAAUGCCCUACAAGAAAAAGAUAGUGCAUUGGAACAAGAAUUAAAUGAAGCAAAAGAUACUGUAAAACAAGUACAGUCAAAUAUAAAAGAACACAGAAGCUUAAUCAAUAAGCAAAAUGCUCACAUGCAGAAACUUAUAACACAAAAAGAAACCAUCAUGAAACAAAAUAAAGAAGCAGAAUUAGAUAUUAAGAAGUUAAAUCACGAAAUCAAUUCGAUUAAAAAUAUUGCUACAAAUUGUAAAGAAAAAGUUAUGGAACUUACGCGGAAGUAUGAAUGGAUUGAACAGGACAAGAUCUAUUUUGGAAAAACAGGUGGUAUUUACGAUUUUAAUGUUAAUAAACCCAAUGAAAUGGAACAAAAAGUACAACAAUUACAAUCGAUGCGUGAAAAACUAAGUCGAAGUAUUAAUACACGCGCUAUUAGUCUUCUUGAUAGGGAAGAAGAGCAAUAUAAUGAAAUGAUGAAGAAAAAGAAAAUAGUUGAAAAUGAUAAAAGGAAAAUAUUAGAGACAAUUAAGCAUUUAGAUGAAAAAAAGAGAGAAACAUUACUGAAAGCUUGGGAACAAGUAAACAAAGAUUUUGGAUCAAUUUUUAGUAGUUUACUACCAGGAGCUGAUGCAAAGUUACAACCUCCUGAGAAUCAAACAGUUACAGAAGGGUUAGAAGUGAAAAUUGCAUUUUCUGGAGUUUGGAAAGAAUCAUUAGGAGAAUUAUCAGGGGGACAAAAAUCUUUGGUUGCUUUAUCUUUAAUCUUGGCUAUGCUUUUAUUUAAACCUGCUCCACUUUAUAUUUUGGACGAGGUUGAUGCUGCAUUGGAUCUUUCUCAUACAGAGAAUAUUGGUAUGAUGUUAAAAAGACAUUUUAAACAUUCACAAUUUAUUGUUGUGUCAUUAAAGGAUGGAAUGUUCAACAAUGCUAAUGUAAUAUUUACAACUAAGUUUGUUGAUGGAAUGUCAACUAUAUCUAGAAGUGAAAAAAUACGAAGUAAGUAA